GGAGGGCUGCCCACACUGGCUGGAGAGGGAACCUGAAACAUUUUCCUUCCGUCAGAAAUUUCUGGCACGGUGUAGGGAUGAUUUAGAACAAGCCAUUGAAUUUCUACCUCCCUGCUCUCUCUCUCGCUCGCUCUCUCUCGCUCUCACCCUCGCUCUGCGUUCUGUCCGGGAGGAGUACGGAGAAGCCAAUAGGAUGCGGGGUCUCUAAUGGAUGCAAAUGAUCAUGAAAAGACAGUGCAAAAUAUGAAACAACUCAUUUGCAGGGAAGUAAAUCACCGAAAACUGUUUAUGAACUGGCAUCCCUCCUUCGAAAUGUAAAGCGAGGACCUCUUUAAGUGGCGCCCCCAACUACAGCCUCCGCCGCCGCCGCCGCCUCAAAAUUCAAUAAAAUGAGCUCUUAUUUCGUCAACUCACUGUUCUCCAAAUACAAAACCGGGGAGUCCCUGCGCCCCAAUUAUUAUGACUGCGGCUUCGCCCAGGACCUGGGCGGCCGACCCACCGUGGUGUACGGUCCCAGCAGCGGCGGCAGCUUCCAGCACCCGUCGCAAAUCCAGGAGUUCUACCACGGGCCAUCGUCGCUGUCCACGGCUCCCUACCAGCAGAACCCGUGCGCCGUGGCAUGCCACGGGGACCCGGGCAACUUCUACGGCUACGACCCGCUGCAGCGCCAGAGCCUAUUCGGUGCGCAAGAUCCAGACCUGGUGCAGUACGCAGACUGCAAGCUCGCCGCCGCCAGCGGCCUGGGAGAGGAGGCCGAGGGCUCGGAGCAGAGCCCGUCGCCCACACAGCUCUUCCCCUGGAUGCGCCCGCAAGCAGCCGCCGGACGCAGGCGAGGCCGACAGACCUACAGCCGCUACCAGACCCUGGAGCUGGAGAAGGAGUUCCUAUUUAAUCCCUAUCUGACUCGCAAGAGGCGGAUCGAGGUAUCGCAUGCGCUGGGACUGACAGAGAGACAGGUCAAAAUCUGGUUCCAGAACAGGAGGAUGAAGUGGAAAAAGGAGAAUAACAAAGACAAGUUCCCCAGCAGCAAAUGCGAGCAGGAGGAGCUGGAGAAACAGAAGCUGGAGAGGGCCCCAGAGGCGGCGGACGAGGGCGACGCGCAGAAGGGUGACAAGAAAUAGGCUCCAGCUGGGACUACCAGGGCCGCGGCCACCCGCAAGUCCGCGGGUCUCCCCACGCCGCCGCCGCCGCCGCCCGCCCGCCCCCGCCUCAGAGAGCUCUGGCCCUGCGAGCGGGGCCAGGAGCCAGGCCUCCCACCGCAGCGUCCCCUGCCGCGCCAGUCCCCGCUAGUGGUAGUAUCUCGUAAUAGCUUCUGUGUGUGAGCUACCGUGGAUCUCCUUCCCUUCUCUUGAGGGGCCGGGGGG